CUGGCGAGCCGGGUAGACCGCUUGUGUGCCAGUCCGCUCCGAGAUUCCGGCGCGAAUCGUUCUUCUUCGUCGCGGUGUCAAGCCAAGCCUAGAUGGAUGUUGCUGAACCGCAUUCCCGUGUCAGCGAUUUACUUCGUCGCGCAGCUGCUCCUCGCCCGUCCAGCCAUCGUGGAAGGACGGCAAUCGAGGAAUCUGGAAGUAUUAGGGCAGAUAUCAGGUCAUCACCAUGGGACGCAGUAUACGUCGAUUUCAGACAACUACAGGAACAAUUCCGACUUCCCUAGGUUUGCCGAGGAAAUUCAAAAUGUGACAGUAAGCAUAGGUCGAGAUGCUUUGUUAGCCUGCAUAGUGGACAAUCUUCGAUCUUAUAAGGUGGCAUGGGUGCGCGUCGAUACACAGACCAUCCUGUCUAUCCACCAUAAUAUCAUCACACAGAAUCCUCGGAUCUCGUUGUCCUACAAUGACCAUCGUACGUGGUACCUUCAUAUAAAGGAGGUUAAAGAGGUGGACCGCGGGUGGUACAUGUGUCAGGUGAACACCGAUCCAAUGAGAAGCCGACAGGGCUACCUGCAGGUCGUAGUGCCACCUUCCAUUAUCACGAAAGAAACCAGCACAGACAUGGUCGUUCGCGAGGGUUCGAACGUGACGCUGACGUGUAAAGCUUCCGGAUAUCCGGAGCCCUACGUCAUGUGGCGCAGAGAGGACGGAAAGGACAUAAACUAUAAUGGCGAGAGCGUGAAUGUCGUGGACGGGGAGGUGUUACAUAUUGUGAAGAUCAGUCGACUGCACAUGGGUGCAUACCUGUGCAUCGCUUCGAACAAUGUUCCACCACGAGUCAGCCAACGGAUAUCUCUGCGUGUUCAAUUUCCGCCAAUGCUUUCGAUACCAAAUCAGUUGGAGGGAGCGUAUAUUGGACAAGACGUCACGUUGGAAUGUCACACCGAAGCCUAUCCUACUUCCAUCAAUUAUUGGACGACCGAGCACGGGGAUAUGAUUGUCUCUGGCAAUUACCAUUCCAUUGCAGGUGACAAAUACGAGGCGGUGUACUCCGACAAUGGCUACAACAAGUACAUGAUGCUGAAGAUCAGAAAUGUUGGACCGAAUGACUUUGGUUCUUACAAGUGCGUCGCGCAAAACUCUCUUGGCGGAACGGAUGGUGACAUAAAAUUGGAUGAGAUUCCAGCCCCGUCGACGACGUCCACCACGCCACCGCCCUACCACGUGACCUCAUCGAUGAAGAAAAACGGUAGAAACGGUAACAAGAAAUUACGACAACGACCUAUCGACUACGAGGUCGAGGAAUGGCGAGAUUCAGAUUACGACAGGAAUUACGGUCCGGCGUCGAUGAGGCCACCAGGCGAACCUCCUGUGGACGCCUUGAGUCCUGGCGUGUCCCACCGGGCUCAGCUCGUUCUUCAUCUUUCGGUGAGUCUGCUGUCACUGCUACUUCCAGCCAUCCGAAGGUGAUUCUCACGUCGCGGGAACGGGGCUUCCAGUUCUAGUGUUUAUUGGACGGUGACCAUACCGGAGGCGGCUACCAGUUUCCGGUACGCCGCCUCCGGCUGGGAUGAUGGACGAGUGCGACGAGACAAGACGCGCUUGAAAUUAUUUUCAUACUAAAAUUAGACGUAUACAGAGAGCAAAAGAGGAUAUUAUAUAUAUAAAAGUAUAUAUAUAAAUAUAUAAAUAUAUGAAGAAAUAUAAAUAUAAAUACAAAAUAUAAUAUGUUGUGUAAGUAUACCGCAGUGAGUAAGAAGGAAUCCUUAGGCUUACGGUUUGCCGAUCGUUUAUUGUGACUUGCGCGACGUUCUUGCGCGAAGAGACUUCUCGCCAUCUUCCACGUGAUCCGUGAAACGAAGAAACUCUGUCAGCUGACGGGGGAUGUUUGACAAUUGGGGGGCACUCCGAGAUCUCAAGGGUUUUGGAGGAUCGUGGUUUACGUGGUGCUGACAAAGUUGUUAAUUUUUGUUGGGGAUAGAUAAUGCAGAUAGGAAAGGACGAUUAGUCUAUCUCAAUGUCAGUAAUCAAGCUUGGUUGCUAAGUAAGUAAAUAACUAUAUAAUAAAAUUGAUUUUGAGGAAUUCGUAACUUUAAUUAUGUCAAAUGCAUCGACUAUGAAUAUUAGUAAUAUUAAUAGUGUUGUUGUUUAAGUGUUCAGAUACUAUUGUAAAUGUAUUAAAAUGAUUUUUUUGAUUAUUCUGCUUGACGACUGUAUACUUUUAAAAUAUAAAAAACAAAGUAAUUUUCUUAGAGACGUCAAUAAAAUAUGAAAAGCAAUUCUUUAGAUUCUAAUGCUUUAGAGAUGUGAGUAAAAAUAUGAAAAGUCGAUUUCUUUGAAGAGGUGUUUCCUUUCCUCAUAACCAUUUUUCCGUUUCCAAUGAAAAAUAGCGACGAGAUUAUGGGCACGCGUGCUACAUUUUCACAAGACGUCGGAUUUUUCAAAGUGUAUCACUUGUCAAACUUUCCUCGUGAGUGAAACUCAGCGCGAAGGAGGCGUUAGUCCGAAUGAUUUUCCCAUUUCCGUUUCUCGUAGGCGCGCGUGUGCGUCGCAAAAAUUCGACGCUCAUCGUCGCCCUCGUGUAAACACUUGUGCUUUAAGCGUUCUGCCAAAAGUUUUAUAAUCAAAAAGCGCGUUUAGACGAUUCGAGUGGCUCCGUUCGCACGAGAGAACACGAAUCGGUGGAAAAAAGGAGGAGCAGAGUGGGUUCCGGAUUUUCUUCGUUUCAGCUAAUUACCUAUGUAAACAUCACUGAUUUCAUAAAUAUUCAAGAACGUUUUGUAAGGGUUCUCGAUUCCCCUUCUACAGUUGUGAAACUCGCUCUACUCCGUUUGUACUUAACGACAGAAUAACCUUCUUUGGGAAACGAGAAGAAUGUGUCUAUGUUAUACGUUUGCGAUUAAAAAAAAAAAAAAAAAAAAAAGUAAA